AUGGCGUCAAAAUACCCAUGGUAUUUGGGUGAGAGCGAAGCUAUGGAGGAGGACCAACAACCUCUGCUGCAGGAGUCACCCAUACCCUUCGUCAGGAACAGCCACCUCAGGAUCACCAAACGCCACCAGCUUCAAGGUCACGAUUCGGCGAGGAAUUCACAAUCUUUUACUUAUGGAAAUCAUCGUCCACCAAAUCUGCUGCCACGCAAUGGAUCUCAACGCAAUGCCAAUUUUUUCACCAUCUCAAGUGCUGGGGGUCACCAGUUGCCGCAAGAUUUCUCUCGUUCUAACACCAACUCCAAAGAUUCUUGGAGUCAACUGCUGCCUGCAACACUCCCGCCUCCACAGCGUAAGGUAACCUCACCCUCCAACAGCCUUCCGUCACGGUCACCUACUCCUGGCAAUGACUCCCGGAAAGACCUCAAGCAUUGGUUUAGGAAGGGGAACUCACAGUCUCCUAGUCGAAAAGUGACGCCCUCCAGCGAGGAAUCCAGCACAUACCUUGAACCCUCUAAGGUCUCCCAGACUAGUAAUAACUCUGGAAGCAGUUCUAGGGGAUUUUUCGGCAGGUUGCAGAGGUCUCUCACUCCCUCCCCUCACCGAACUGCCUCACAACCUUCUUCCACAACUUAUAGGAGAUCUCUUCACCCAUCCGACACCCAUUCAGAAUGUAGCUUUAGAAGAUGUGGAAGUCUACCCAUACCGAAAACACAACCCGUAAGCAACUCUAACUUGUAUCUUCAGCCUCGAGUGAGUAAGGACACUUCCCCGUCGAAAGAAAGGCUGUCAAGAUCCACCUCUGAGAAAGUGAGGCCCUCUAACCCCUGGGGAGAAGGUUCAUAUAUGCUGUGGCCGCUAAAACCUUACACCGAGACCGAUUUACAGACGAACAAAAGCCAACAUCAUGGCGGCAAUAACUCGGCACACACAACCCUCAACAGGGGCAGAAAGGAAGACGGCCAGCGGAGAGCAGUACCUCGGCAAGCAGGUGUGGCGACGAUUUCUACGGUGUUGCCAGCAGAAGAACAAGAUCCUCACUCUCUGGAGAAGGAAGAGGAGGAAGAGGACCGCCCAGGAUCAAGGUGUAGUCUAUCCUCGAGGCCACGACUACAAGGUAUCCACAGCCAACCUUUCGGGACCAACUCAGAUGUGAAUCGUGCGCUGGUGCAGGAGUCCAGACUGUACCUCCCAGUCAACGACGGCGUACCGUCCUCAGACCUCCCUCAAACCUUACCGAGACCGCUAAGGAAAUCCACAGACUUGAGCAGCGGCAGCAGCAGCAACAGCGGCAGUAGCAACAGUAGUGAAAGCAGCAGCAGUAACUGCAGUAGUAGUGACAGCAACUCCUUCAGCCGGCAGAGGAGGUAUUCUGGAUCACCAAGAGACAAUCUCUCCUCUAUUUACGAGAUCCCCGAGAGCUCGAGAAGUAUUAGUUUGUAUCGGAAGAGCUCCAUCGCCUCCUCGGACGCUGAACCUUACGUCUUAGAGUACAUCGAUGACCGGCUGGACGCUGCUGCUGAACAGUCCUCUAAGGCGGUGGACCCGCACCGUGACCACUUCUCUUUUCUAAUAGAAAAUGAUACCGAAUAUAUUGGAUGCCUUCAGGAUAUGUUAAGGAUCUAUGGGGCCAUGUGUGGAGAAACACCAUCACAUAUACGACAACAUUUUGAUGUUUUCUUUAAACAAAUGGAAGUGAUAUAUCAGUUUCAAAUUGUGUUACACGCAGAGUUAAGAGACACUAAGGGAGACUUGACGAAGCUGGCGAAGGUGUUCAAAGACGAGCAGUUCCAGGCUUACAGCCGUUAUAUGACGAUGACGCCAAAUGUUCAGAAAGACUUUCAGAGACAUGCUUCUUAUUUCAGUGAACAUUUUCCUGACUUGAAGAGAAAUAUACUUAAGCCUUCCUUGAGGAUCAACUUCUAUGUUAUGCUUCUAGACAGCUUCAGGAAACAAGCGUCGGAAAAGGAGAAGUCAGACCUAAAUUCCGCUAUCGAGUUCCUGAACCAACUGAAGCGUAAAGCUAACACCCUCAUGACUAUCGCCAACGUCACCAGCAGCCCCGUCGACCUGCGACUGGGAGGCGACGUCCUGAAAAUUGGGGACCUCUUCUGCUUGAGUGGCGGCUGCCUCCAGAAGAGAAAAUACUACAUAAUAUUGUUCGAGAACUUACUGGUCAUUACCUCCUCCAAGAUGGAGUUCUUUAAGUACAAAAUACAUUACCGUGCUGAGAGGCUGGAACAGGUGGAGGCCGCCGGGGAGACUGAGGUACUGCUGCAGGUGCUGACGGAGGAACAGUCCCACCGAGUCACCAUGAGAUUCAAAGCAAAGAAUUCCUCCCUCAGAGAUCAGUGGGUUAGUGAGCUGCAGAAGAUUGUACAGCAGAACACAACUCUCAAACAGAGGGAGUGUCACACUCUGGCGACAAAGGAGCAGUCUCAGCUAUUCCCUUUGGACCUGUACACAGUGUACCCACAGCUUCACAACACCAUGGCACAGCACGACACGUUAAGCACACCUGGGUCAUUCUCAACAGAAGAGAUUUGCCAACAACUCGUCUCUCAGGAGAAGACGUAUGUAAGUCAGUUGUCGUCUCUCCUUAACCCCGAUGCUCUCUCCCCAGCAGAAAGUCUGUGUAUUCUCCUAGGGAAGUUAUAUACACUACACAGCAGAAAUAUUCUCCCUUCUCUAGACAAGCCACAUUCUCUACGGGAAAUUUUAAACUGCUUCUUAGAAAACCUCGAGUUGUUUGACGUCUACAUCGACUAUCUUGUUAUCCGCUGCCAGAUGACCACACAGCUGGACCAGGGCACGGAGGCCAGACUCUACAUCUCGCCCGUUCAGCACCUCAUCUUCUACCUCAUUUGGCUGCGGGAGUUGUGCCGGAAUCCAACCUUCCGGGAAGACGCUGAGACAAUACUAAAACAUUUCCAGAGUUGUGUAAGAAGAGCACAGAUGAGGCUACUGACGGAGGCCAUCAUCAACUGUCGGGUAGACUUCAUCAGGAGCGGUGACAUCAUCCGACACGACAAAAUGGAAGUGAGGACGAAGAAAAAAGGUCGUGGAGGAACUUACUUCGCGUUGCUCUUCAAGAAAAUCAUCAUCCUGACCAGACAAAGGCCUCCCCUCUACGAGUAUCUCUGGGAAAUCUGGCUGGACCAAGUCAACAUGGGUCCUCCCACCAACUCUGAUUUAACAUUUAAGUUGGAGGUUCGUCAGGGGGGAGGCAAGGAACCGGUCACUUAUGAGUUCCGGGCGUCCAGUGCGGCCACCAAGCAGGAGUGGCUCAAGUGUAUCCAGCAGCAAAUGUUGCAACAGGCGGAGCGCAUCAGAAAACAGAUAUCCACAGACUUCUGAAGGAGAUAUGGCGGCCAUUAACAACACUUAACAUCCUUACGUCCCACAGAAAUAUCGAGUCUUUCUUUCUGAUUCCCUUCUUCCUUCGCCAAGAGAUUCGGGUGUGUGUCGCCCCUCGGCCCAUCAGAGAACCUUACCUGAACUAUCAUCUCCUCCUUCAGCUCUCAACACCCACCCCUUCAGCUCCUCCUUCAGCUCUCAACACCCACCCCUUCAGGUCCUCCUUCGUCGACUCACUUUAACUUUCUCUCACCUCUCUAGACAAUUUUCUUUACUGGCCUGCUGACGGUGUGUACACUGCCUGGUCCGUCUGGGUGUAUUACUGACACUUGAAACAACCUCCUGACGGCAGCUACAGGGAGUAAAUCUUGGCAAGUCUGCUGUCAUGUACAGAACUUCCCUGACCAACUACUGACAUGUACUUCCCUAAACGGCUACUGACGUGAUGGGAGGAAAGGUCACCAUAUAUAAACCUGUACUUUCUGGACUAUGUUUGUUAUUGUUGACAAAGAUAAUCAUUUUAUUUAUUAAUACCUUAUAACUAGAUGAUGAUAAUAAAAGGUUAUAUUAUCAUUGUCGUGUAUGUAACCUUAUCGGGGCAGAAGUUAGGGGCGGAUGUCCCGUAGGAGUUAAAGGGACCCAAACUCAAGGGAGACACCCAGGAUGACCGGACAACUUACUAACUACACUGGCUAACUAUUGACUUUGCGAGGCCACACACACACACACACGAACUUACGACACACACAUGACUGCCUAAAUAACUUAAUUUU